CAGCAGUUCUGCACGUCACGGGUUGAGAGGUGAACGGAAGUCGUUCAUUUGCCUCGGCCCUCCCCGCCUCACUUCCAUGCAGGCCUGCCUGCCGGCUCUCGAAUAAAGUGGCUUAAAGCUUUUCCACGGUGUCAAUCAUGCAGGGGGGCGAAAUUGACUGUCAAAGAGUUGGCGAAGGUUUCGUGCAGUGGUACUACAACCAGUUUGAUCACACCAACAGGAUGGAACUGGUUAACCUUUAUGCUGAAGGCGCUACUCUGACAUGGGAAGGAACCCUCUUCCAUGGGAGAGAAGCCAUCGCUGGCAAACUGACUGGUAUGCCGUUCCAGCAAAUUAAGCACAUUGUCACAGAGCAAGAUAUCCAGCCCACAAUAGACAACAGCAUCCUCAUCAUGGUCUUUGGACAGUUAAAGACCGACAAUGAUCCACCUUUGGCCUUCCAUCAAGUUUUCAUGCUGAAGCCGCAGAACUGCAACUGGGUGUGCACGAAUGAUGUGUUCCGCCUGGGUAUACAUAACAUAGCCGUGGAGCCUCAGUAGCGGACAAGACUUCAAACGACUCUCUCAGAGUCCACCCAGCCAACCACCGAAGCCUGCCCUCCCAAUUGCUCAUCACGUUCUCUUCGUAUGUCGUGUUGUCAUCACCCCACCCCAGAGUUAAAAAAAAAAAACAAAAAUGUGACAACUGAAA